CCACGCCCCCUCAACUGACAACAUUACGAAUUUUGAGACUUGAACCGAAAAAUUGCUGAUUUUCUUUUUCCUCAUUUUCUUUUUUUUUCGCCUCGUUUGAGCAAUUUUGAGGUUCCAUGGAGAAACUAAGAAAGGCCCUGAGUGGAGAUGACACGUCUCCCGACGAGGAGUCAAAUAUUAUUACACAGGUAAUAGACUCCUCCACUCUAAGCUGGUCGACUAGAAUCAAGGGAUUUGUAAUUUGCUUUGCGCUUGGAAUUAUCCUUUCCAUCUUUGGCACCAUAACUCUGUUCUUUCAUAAAGGAUUCGCCCUUUUCGCCGUCUUCUACUCGCUAGGAAACAUCAUUUCCUUGGCCAGUACAUGCUUCCUGAUGGGUCCAUUUAACCAAAUUAAAAAGAUGUUUGCGCCGACAAGGGCAAUUGCAACAAUUCUGAUGAUCACCUGCCUCAUUCUCACCCUUGUGGCUGCUCUUGUGCUUAAAAAGGCAGGUCUGUCUCUGCUUUUUGUCAUUCUGCAGUUCUUGGCCAUGACUUGGUACUCGCUUUCGUACAUUCCGUACGCAAGAGAUGCUGUCAAGAAGACAAUUAACGCCUGCCUUGCGUAAAAUCCUUCCACUUAUAAAAUUCUGAUUUUCUUCAGGUGUUCAAUUUGCGUCAAUUAUACAAUAAUUUGUAAGAGCAAUAUUUUUCUACUGCAAUUUUUACAAAGCAUCGAAAUGAAACAAAAGUGGCCUCUAUAAUAUUUUAAGACUUAAAAUUUAAAAAUUCCAUUAUUUUUCUUCCUAUCGCGAAUAAUUAUGAAAUAUCUUGUAACGUUUACAACGUUUAAACAUAAAUUAAAAUGUGCAAACCUCAUUCAAUAAACUGCACAGUAAUUUAUUCAAUAUAAAUUAAGCAUUUAAUUGUUGGGACUUUAGAAUUAAGUUUUUCACAAAGAUGUGAUUCUAAAUAAAAGUAGG